AUGGCCUGCAUCGAGGUCGAUGCUGCAUCCGGCUCGGCGGAGGACACAGCUCCCAUGGCCACCUUGGUCACCUCCCGGAAGGCCGGGGGCCAGCCCCGUGAGCCUCCUCAGCCUCCCGGGAGCCCGGAGCUGUCUCAGCAGCCAGCCUUCCACCUGAGGCAGAGUGACAGUGACAUGGUCCUCCCAGCCCCCUCCCAGGAGCUGCCUACCUUCAGCACGACCCUCCUGGCCCUCAUCACUGGGGACUCAGAAUAUGGCCCGGCUGGCCUUUGGCGCUGUGGCCUGCAGCCCGCGGCCAGAGUCCUGGGGAGCCUGCAGCCCCUCCUCUCCUCCCUCCGUAACUCCCCCGAGCAUGGGUCCUCAGCCUCCAUUUGUCAGGGAGAGCCCCAGGGUGCAGAGAUGAACGCCCAGACACAAGGCCACACCUCAUAUCCCGAGACACUGUCACAUCGCCGCUGCACAAAGUGCAUAGGGAAGGAACAUGAACACAAGAGUGAGAAACAGACGCGCACCCCGCGGAACUUUGGGACGAGGCCCUCAGGUGCCUUCAGCCGCUGCUACAAAGUGAUGGACAUGUCCACCAGCGCUGUGUUCGCCCUCAAGGUGGUGCCACGUGGCGGGGGUGCUGCUGGGCGGCUGCGUCCACGGGGAAAGGUGGAGCGGGAGAUCGCGCUGCACAGCUGCCUGCGACACCGGAACAUUGUGGCCUUCCACGGACACUUUGCUGACCGCGACCAUGUGUAUAUGGUGCUGGAAUACUGCAGCCGCCAGUCUCUGGCCCAUGUGCUGAAGGUGCGGCAGACCCUCACGGAGCCAGAGGUGCGUUACUACUUGAGGGGCCUGGUCAGCGGCCUGCGCUACCUGCACGGGCGGCGCAUUGUCCACCGGGACCUGAAGCUCAGUAACUUCUUCCUUAACAAGAACAUGGAGGUGAAGAUCGGAGACCUGGGACUAGCUGCCAGGAUGGGGCCUGGGGGCAGCUGCCACAAAGUGCUUUGUGGGACCCCCAACUUCCUGGCCCCUGAGGUGGUCUCCAGAAACGGACAUUCCUGCCAGUCAGACAUCUGGGCUCUGGGCUGCAUCAUGUACACGGUGCUGACCGGCACGCCGCCGUUUGGCACGGCCCCCCUGUCGGAGAUGUACCAGAACAUUCGCGCCGGCUGUUACCCAGAGCCUGAGCACCUGUCACCAAACGCUCGCCGCCUCAUCGCCCGCCUCCUGGCGCCUGACCCGGCCGAGCGGCCCAGUCUAGACCGGGUGCUGCAGGACGACUUCUUCACACAGGGGUUCACUCCUGACCGGCUGCCCGCUCACUCCUGCCACAGCCCCCCCAUCUUUGCCAUCCCUCAGCCCUUGGGCAGGCUGUUCCGGAAGAUGGGCCAGCUACUGCUGACCCAGUGCCGGCCACCCUGCCCUUUUACCCCCAAAGAGACCUCAGGACCAGAACAGGGUUCAGAGCCGGACUCCAUGGAGUGGGGCAGCGAGGUGAGGACCUGGGGUCCCCCCGCAGCCCACAUCCACUUGCUCACCCAUUGCACCCUUAGGACUGACCCUGAGGGGUGUGAGGAGAGCCCUCUUCUGGAGGUGGAGGCGGCCAUCCGGGGCCUGCAGCUCUGUCUGGAUGCUGGCCCCCCAGCCGUGCAGGACGCCCCAGGGGAGCAGCGGCUCCUCCUGUGGGCCCCCAAGUGGGUGGACUAUUCCAGCAAGUAUGGCUUUGGCUACCAGCUGUCAGACGGAGGCAGUGGAGUCCUGCUUCGGGAUGGCACCCACAUGGCCCUGCGCCCCCCAGGAGGCCAGGUCAGCUAUAUGUGUUGUCGGGGGAAGCUGGAGACGUUUGAGCUGAGGGCAGUGCCCAGUGCACUGGUGGCCAAACUGGCAGUUCUGCGCCUCUUCACCCAGUACCUGGAGCAGCGGCUGCGGGAGGAGAGGGCCGUCCCCAGACCCACACCACCUGCUGGGCCAAGCCUCUGCCUCCUGCGUGUCCUCGCAUCAGACCAGGCGUCUGUGCUGCUCUUCAGCGAAGGGAUGGUGCAGGUCAGCGGCAGCGAGGGGCAGACCCAGCUGGUGCUGAGCGGCGAGGGUGAGGAUCGGGUGCUCACACUGUGGGAGCCGGGCCAGCCGGGAACCUCCUACCCUCUGGACGUCCUGCGGAGCCACGGAUGCACCCCAGCCACCCGCCAGCGCCUUCACCAUGCCCUCCGCAUGCUUCAGAGCAUCUAG